AUAGUGUCAGAUAUCCGACUGGUUGGUGGAUCUGGUGACCACGAGGGACGGGUGGAGGUUUUCAGCGAAGGACAAUGGGGGACGGUCUGUGACGAUGUAUGGGGACAGGAGGACGCCGAGGUGGUGUGCCGUCAGCUGGGGUUCCCUGGUGCUGAGAAGGCGAAAACUGAAGCUUCCUUCGGGCAGGGCUCCGGGCAGAUCUGGCUGGAUGAUGUUCAGUGCAGCGGGAGUGAGUCACGUCUGCAGAACUGCAGCCAUGGCGGAUGGGGCAGCCAUAACUGUGGACAUGAGGAAGAUGCCGGAGUCGUCUGUAAACGGAAUAUCCGGCUAGCAGGCGGAUUGAACGACCACGAUGGCAGAGUAGAAGUCUUCUAUAACGGACAGUGGGGGACGAUCUGUGAUGACGGCUGGGGCCUGAGCGACGCUGAGGUGGCGUGUCGUCAGCUGGGGUUCCCUGAUGCUGGUGCUGUGCAGACCACAACUGAAGCCUCGUUCGGUCAGGGAACGGGGCCGAUCUGGCUGGAGGAAGUCGCCUGCAGCGGGAGUGAGUCAAGUGUGCACAACUGCAGCCACAGGGGAUGGGGGCACCAUGACUGUACACAUGGAGAAGACGCUGGAGUCGUCUGCAAUCUCCGUGUCCGGCUGGCUGGCGGAUCUCAUGACCACGAGGGAAGGGUGGAGGUUUACCAUGACGGAGAAUGGGGGACGGUCUGUGGCUUUGGAUGGGGUCAUUCCAAUGCGGACGUGGCGUGCCGUCAGCUGGGGUUUGCUGCUGCUCUGAAGGCCACACAAAACUCCUUCGGGCGGGGGACCGGACGGGUCUGGCUGAGCAAUGUGGCCUGCAGCGGGACUGAGUCAAGACUGCCAGACUGCAGCCACAGGGGGUGGUACAACAACCCAAGUUGGUGCGGACAUGGUUACGAUGCUGGAGCGGUCUGCACCAGUCUCCGGCUGGUUGGUGGUUCCACAGAACACGAGGGGAGGGUGGAAGUUUACCACGAUGGAAAGUGGGGCUCGAUUUGUGACGAUGGGUUCGGGCUCAGCGAUGCUGAAGUGGUGUGUCGUCAUCUGGGGUUCCCUGGUGCUGAAGGGGUGCCCUCUGGCGCCUCCUUCGGGGAGGGCACCGGGCCCAUCUGGCUGAAUGAUGUCGACUGUGACGGAAAUGAGACAAAUCUGCAAAACUGCAGCCAUGGCGGAUGGGGCAGGCAUAACUGUGGACAUGAGGAAGAUGCUGGAGUCGUCUGUAGUACCCGUGUCCGGCUGGUUGGCGGAUCUAAUGACCACGAGGGAAGGGUGGAGGUUUACCAUGACGGAGAAUGGGGAACAGUUUGUGACUAUGGCUGGGGUCAACCUGACGCCGACGUGACGUGCCGUCAGCUGGGGUUUGCUGCUGCUCGGAAGGCCACGCAAAAAGCCUUCUUUGGUCAGGGGACCGGACGGGUCUGGCUGAGUUAUGUGGGCUGUAGCGGGACUGAGUCAAGGCUGCAAGACUGCAGCCACAGGGGAUGGGGCAACAACCCAAGUGGAUGCAGACAUGACGACGAUGCUGGAGCGGUCUGCACCAGUCUCCGGCUGGUUGGUGGUUCCACAGAACACGAGGGGAGGGUGGAAGUUUACCACGAUGGAAAGUGGGGCUCGAUUUGUGACGAUGGGUUCGGGCUCAGCGAUGCUGAGGUGGUGUGUCGUCAUCUGGGGUUCCCUGGUGCUGAAGGGGUGCCCUCUGGCGCCUCCUUCGGGGAGGGCACCGGUCCGAUCUGGCUGGAUGAUGUGGACUGCGACGGGAAUGAGCCAAAUCUGCAAAACUGCAGCCAUGGCGGAUGGGGCAGCCAUAACUGUGGACAUGAGGAAGAUGCUGGAGUCGCCUGUACUGAUAGUGUUCGACUGGUUGGUGGGUCCGGUGAACACGAGGGACGGGUGGAGCUUUACUAUGACGGGCAGUGGGGGACGGUCUGUGGCAGGGAUUGGUACUGGUAUCGACGCGAAGCAAAUGUAGUGUGCCGUCAGCUGGGGUUCCAUGGAGCUCAGCAGAUAACACGUGGCUCGUUUGGUGCCGGGACAGGGCCGAUUUGGAGGGUUUAUCAUGGCUGCAGUAGAAGUGAGUCAAGUCUGCAGGGCUGCAGCCUCUGGAGAUACGAUGGGUGCGGACAUGAUAACGAUGCUGGAGUUGUUUGUACCCAUCCAGAAUCAGAAGUAGUACAGACAACAGUCCAGACAACAUUAAUGACUACCCAGCUUCUCUGGACAUUCCAAGAGGAACCUACAUUGCCAGGCGAUGAUGGUUUGCAGAGGAGCGCCCUUCAGGGGGGGCUGUCCAAUGAGGCGCGCGGAUACGCCCUGCACCUGCCCAGCCUAGGCUAUACUGGGGAUGCCGGGAACGCGAUGCGUUACAACGACGGGCAGCGGUUCUCCACUGUGGACAGGGACAAUGAUGAUUACUACUACUUCAACGACAACGACGUGGACUACAACAUCUACUACAGCGACAGUUGUUCUCGGCGGUACGGACAGGGCGGCUGGUGGUUUGCUAACUGGUGCCCACCCUACCCCAACGGCCGUUACCUGGGCAACUGUGGGAACUCCUGUCCGUGGGGGCAAGGUGUGAUGUGGCACGGCUGGAGAGGAAGGCGUUACUCCCUGAAGUCUGUGACCAUGAAAAUCAGGCCAUGA